AUGACUCCUUCUUUUACCCGGAAUUGCCAUGAUUCACAGUCUGUUCCUAUCUAUCUAUCUAUCUAUCUAUCUAUCUAUCUAUCUAUCUAUUUCGGUCUAUUCAUAUCUAUCUAUCUAUCUAUCUAUCUAUCUAUCUAUCUAUCUAUCUAUCUAUCUCAAGCUGUUCAUUUCUAUUUCAGUGUGUUCAUAUCUAUCUAUCUAUCUAUCUAUCUAUCUAUCUAUCGAAUUUCUGUCUAUCUCACUCUAUUCAUAUCUAUCUAUCUAUCUAUCUAUCUAUCUAUCUAUCUAUCUAUUUCAGUCUAUUCCUAUCUAUCUAUCUAUCUAUCUAUCUAUCUAUCUCAGUCUGAUCCUAUCUAUCUAUCUCUAGUCUUAUCUAUCUAUCUAUCUAUCUAUCUAUCUAUCUAUCUAUCUAUCUAUCUAUCUCAUUCUAUUCAUUUUCUAUUUAUCUAUCUAUCCAUUUACAUAUACAACGCAAUGGAAUAG